AUAAUCUGGGGAAGUCUAAUGCGGAUAUGUGUAAACAACAAGGACGGAAAUGAAUAAAAACAAUUCCUGUUUAGGAACCUUGAAUGUUAUUUAAUACAAUUUACAUGUAAAGACACUAACUGUAUUGACAACCUUUCUGUGUGAACAAGAAAUUUGAUGACAAAUCAUUUCAUAACUACAACAUAAGAGGAAAAUGAAAGUUUCUGUUGUCAAGGUUCUUGUGUUAUGUGCACUCUUUGUGAUGACAUUCCUUCUUGGAAUAUUACCAAUAAUUCUUGAGAAAAUUUUUAGAAAGAAAGCUGACACAGAAAGUCAUAAGUCAAAAUAUAAAACUAUCCUUAGUUGCCUAAGUUGUUUCGCUGCCGGUGUAUUUUUAGGAACAGGUGUUUUAGACUUGUUGCCAUCAGUCAGAGUGGAUAUCGGAACAACAUUAAACAGUUUAGAGGUUUUUACAUCAUUCCCAGUGGCUGAAUUUGUAAUGAUGUUUGGAUUAUUUGUUAUUUUAAUUGUUGAACAGAUUGUGUUGACGAUCAAAGAAAAACAUGCAGAUGAAUUAUCAGUAAGAACACCACUUUUACCAUCGAAAGACGUUACAAGGUCAUAUUCACAUUCUGUAACUAGUGAACAGUCAGUGAUUGGUGGUAUAAGUGACGAACCAUUUACAUCCAGUUUUCCUGGAGUAGGAACCAGACGCCACUGUGAUAGUUGUGAAGAGAGAGUAAGCCGUUCAAACUCUGUUAUUGAAGAAGAUGAAAAUCAUCAUCAUGACGAAGAUGACAUUUUACCAGAGCAUGAACAUUCCUCAUUAAGAUCUAUAUUGUUACUAACUGCAUUAUCCUUGCACUCAAUAUUCGAAGGAUUAGCUGUUGGGCUGCAAAACAAGGCUGAUGAUGUUAUAGGAAUCUUUGCUGCGCUUGUGAUACAUAAAUCUAUUUUAAGCUUUUGCCUAGGUAUGAAUCUCAUUCAGAGUAAACUUUCUCAUGUUGGAAUGAUACGCUCAAUUGUUUUCUUUUCACUAACAGCACCUAUUGGUAUAGGCGUAGGAAUCGGCAUUAUAGACUUGUGGGAUUCAAAAUCUUCGCUGCUUGUACAAGGAAUUCUCACUGGCAUUGCCUGUGGAACAUUCCUAUAUGUGACCUUCUUUGAAGUCUUACCCUCUGAGUUUAAUACUCAUGAACAUCGAUUGCUGAAAGUUUUGUUUUUAAUACUUGGGUUUGCAACUGUCAGUGGUGUAUUAUUUCUCCAUAAAGAGGAUGGACCCACUUGUUUCGUUUUACCACCCGCUGCUGGUAAAGACUAACUGAUCAGUUCAGGGUCCACGCUUCUAGGCGACGUGAGCGAAGUGGUCGCUUUUUUUCUGAUGACUUCGCUCUGUUUGAAUAGAAAAGUGAAAAACAAGUCGCCCUAAAAUCUGGCGCCCGAGGCAGUUAUCAUACAUGUAUAUAUCACAUCUAUCAGCUUCUAAUCAGCUUGUAAAAACAUUACAUAAUCAAUAAGCGAAACUUCUCCCGUUACGGGUUGUGAACUUCACGUGUCAACAAAGUAUGCUCUGCCUAUCACCGAAUAUCGUUAGGAUGAUUUUAAUUGGUCGAAACUUUGGAAACACCAAUCAAACGAGGCGAAACAAAAUUGCCUUUAAUUGAUUUUGUGCAUCACGGAUAAAAAGUGUGUGCAUCACGUGUGAAAACAAACAACUAAAAACUGUCAAAAGUAGGGUAAAUAAAAACAAAAGCACAAGUAUGUCGCCGCAUGAGUCGCUGAUUAUAGGAUGAUAGCCCAUCGCAAAUUGACCGAUAGGGCAUAAAGAAAAGCUCUGAAUAAUAACCAGAGUUGUUCGCAAUGUAUGGUUUUAAUUGCGGCUGCCAGACGUAAAUAUUCUCAUGUUAUACAUAAAUUAAAUUGAAAUUCAGACAUGUAUUUAAUUUCAAUCAGUCACAAUCAAUUUUAGAUAAGAACACAUUAGCUUUUAUCUUUUUGUUAAAGUUUUUUGAAAACGAAAGUAGGCUGUCAGAAUGUCUGCUCGCGGUGACAACUUGCCGGUAUUUCAUAGACAUUUUUCUUAAUUUUCUUCAAUAAAAGGUAUUGUCAUUGUAGACUUUGAUAUUAGAUACUGUCCAGUGCCGUUAAAUUUUCUUUCCAUCAUCACAAUUUGUCAAAUAUAUUCUUUAGACUCGAGAAUUGGGCAAUGCUUAUGAGUGUACCAGUAUCCGGACAUAAAAUUUUGGAUAUCCGGAUUUUGACCAGCUGGGGUUUGAAACAGGGGUGUGCAUGGAUAAGAAUUGAAAAAUAAUUUUCUAUUGUUAGUUUUGACUGGUGGAAGGAAGAUGAGCCCGGCAAAUCACACUGUGUUAUAUGUAGACUGGCAAAAUUUGAUAAUCAGGGUUCGACACUAACGGUGUCCCGGGGGCCCGAGGAUCCCAAAUUUUGAGGAGGAACACCAACUUCAAAAAGCUGGGAUUCCGGCUGGAUUCCUAUUUUUUUUUUGUCAAUGAUAUCCAAAAAGUAAAAGAUAAAUACCUGUUUGAAAAAUAUUUUAACCCUUUCCCACAUCGAUACGUUUAUCACCAUAUCUAUCGAUUACCAAACAGAAACGUACUGACCCGUGUCUACCGGUUACCCGAUAGAAACGUAUAAUAACGGCCAUUUGAACAGAAUCGUUUCAUCCCGUGUCUCAUAAUCAAUCGCUCUUUUCCUAAAGAAACAAAGUCCGGAUGUUUACUAACUCAAAAUAUGGGAUUUCGUCAUCAUUAUUUACGUACAAGAUCAUGUGGUUGCUAUUUAAAUAUAUCGAGUACUUUGCAAAGAAAGACCGGGUUUUUUUUCCUACAUGUGCACGGCGCUACGUCAUGGAAAAUUACUGAGAAAACUGCUUGCAACUGGCCGGUUCGCGGGACUUUCCUCGUUCUAAAAAUAAUAACCAUUUAACAUCUUAGUAUUUUUAAAUGUGUUAGGUCGUGAAGGCCACGCGUGAUACAUGCAGAUUUUCCCUGAACAACAAUUUGUGUUUACGAUGGCUUGGAAUUUAUGGCCUUACAUAACGGGAAGUGUUAAUCAAAACAGAAGGACCGCGGCUUCCAAAUAUUUUAUGACACCCCAAGAGUUAAUUGCAGCGGAAGUCACCCGUGAUGUACCGACGUUUGAUCAUCAAAAUAUUACGUAAUAUUAUCUAAAAAUAUUUUAAUUUUUAGCACAAGAAUACUGUCUCGAUCUCAGCGAUCUUUCUGCACUUUCAGAAAUUUUACGAUUCGUUAUUUUUGUAGUGUAGUGUUAUUCAGUUUGAUGGUUGUUUCUGUUUUAUAGAAAUACUUACCGAGUCCGAUUCGGAAGAUAAGUCUGUUAACUAGAUCUAUAUAAAUCAAGCUUUCAAACAUCAAAAUGAAAUUGUAUAUGAAUUUCAAUGUGAAAGUAAUCCAAAACAGAAUUUUAUGCCUAAAAAUAUAAUUCCCUUACUUUAACACUUUAUAUCUUCAAACCUCAAAGAGAAACUACAAUAAAUUUUGUAUCAUCGGAAAUAUAAAUGCCAGGUAAUAUUAAGAUUUUAUAUUUUAAAAUGUAUGAAGAGAAGUCAAGAAAUUCAAGAAUUUUUUUUUAAAUUAUAAUUUUUAGUGGUUGUCACAAUAGACUUGACAAUGAUUAUAUCUAUAAGAUACAAGUGUCUCCAAAGUCGAGACCUUGUCUUGACAUUGGCAAACAUUUAAAUUGAUAUCAGUUUGGAUACAUUAUUCUGUAGUAGUUAAGGUGUCAGCCACUCAGUACAGAGGUUGCGGGUUCGAAUCCCACUGGGGUACGACCGUAACUUCUCAUAAGACAUCUGUUGUGAUUGUUUUUAUAUAUCAUAUUAUGAGGGAUCCCAAAGCCUGAGGAGGACCCCCAGAUUUAAAAAGUAGGGAUUCCUUUGGGAACCUUGUUCAAAUAAGUUAGUGUCUAACCCUGAUAAUGCAAUGCAAGGGGUCAUGACACAUGAGCCGAACAACAAAUAACACUACACAUCCUGUUAUAAUACUGAUGGUGAUUUAGUAUUAUUUAUGAAUGUUUCAAACUACUGCAUAAAUACAUGCUCACUGUGUGUGUUUGUAUUUGAGACUUGGCAUUUUGUACUUAUUUAUAAGUAAAAUAUGUGUUGUUUUGAAAUGUUAUUCCUUUGUGCUGUACCAUCAGAACUGUAAUAUAUACGGUUUAAUUAAUGACUGUUUUGACCCGCAGCCUCACUUCUCCCUGUUCUGAGAAAACUUCUCCCUAUUUUCACUGAAGGGAGAAGUCACUUCUCCCAAUUUUUUUGGGCUAGCUUGAACCCUGCAGUUGAAUGCAUUUUGAAUAUAAGGACAAGGUGAUACAUGUUUUUAAGUAUAUUUUGUUUUAGUAAAUGUCAGCAUUCACCCUUAAACAAGCUAAAGUUAUUGAGAGACUUUUUAUCCCAGUUUGUGGACAGAACUUUAUAUAUUCAUUUGUACAAACAAUUUUGAACUAAGAACAGAGUUACAAAUAUACCAAAGAUUGAGUAACAAUGAAAACUGCAAAGAAAUACAGAGGUCAUUUGGUAUAUCAUGCAAACAUUACUAUAACAUUUUUAUGCCCCUCUUUGUCGAAAAAGGAGGGGUAUAUUGUUUUGCAGAUGUCAGUCUGUUGGUUGGUAUGUAGACCAAUCCGAAGGCUUUGGUCUAGGAUCAUAAAAGUUGAUAGGGAGAUUAGUCAUAACCAGUAGAUGACCCCUAUUGAUUUUGAAAUCAGUAGGUCAAAGAUCAAGGUCACAAUGACCCAGAACAGUUAAACGGUUUCCGGAUGAUAACUCAAGAAUGCUUAGUCCUAGGAUCAUGAAAAUUGACAGAAGGUUGGUCAUGAUUAGCAGAUGACUCCUAUUGCUUUGAGAUCAAUAGGUCAAGGUCAUGGUAACCCAGCACAGUUAAACCAUUUCCGGAUGAUAACUUGAGAAUGCUAAGAUUAAAAGUUGAUCAUGACCAGUAGAUGACCUCUGUUUAUUUUAAAGUCAAUAGGUCAAAGGUCAAGGUCACAUUUUCCCAGAACAGUAGAACUUUUGUGUACAGUGACCAAAUAGUUUCUGUUCCUUGUGCAAUUACUGAAUGCAUCAAAGAGGCCAUUUCAUGUUCUAUGAGCUCUUGUUACAAUCUUAGAUAAAUAUAUUAUGGUUAAAUUGCCUAUGGGUUAAUUGUCAUCUAGAGGUUCCAGAUGCUUGAACAGUUUCAUUUUCAUUAAUGGUUUUCAGUUGCCUAGCAACCAAAGAAUGCCUGUAAAUCAUGUUUGGCUACAAGACAUUCAAGUGUUCUCAUAGGAACACAUGAUAAAAUUUCAAUAAAUGAUUUCUUUCUAAAUUGAUAUGGCAGACCUUUUAUGAAGUGAAAAUUUAUAAGGUCACUGAGUAAGAGUAAGACUAGAAUUGCUGUGAAUGUUUAUAUGCAACCAUCACCUAGUAAUGGAAGAAUUUUGAACCAAAUUUAAACUUGAUUUUUAAAUGUAACUGUAUUACCAAGCAACAUAAAAAAUGUUUGUGAUUUUGAAAUGUAAGUGCUAUCAGGCAAACAUGAAACUAAACAUGUAAUUUGUAACUGUUGUUAUUAAAAAUUGGUCAUUGCUAGUUACCUGCUUAAUUUUACUAUCCACGGUCUUGGUGUAUAUGUAAAUUUUUACACCAAAAAGUGCUGGUAAAAUACUAAAGCAUGGAAUUUGAUCAUGCAGUACAUGGUGAUGCAUCGAUUUUGGACUUAUUCUGAAGUUAUUCAGUAAUUAUUAAAAAUAUUUUUGCAGUUGCAUUAUUAAUUAAAUGAGUUUUAAACUAUAACGAAUUUCCACUGUAUCAGAAACUGUUGAUUGCUCACAACAGCUAUAUGAAACUCACAGUACAGUAUACAUUUUUUAUUUCAUUCCACUCUAUUUCAUCGGUUCUUAUUUAUUUUGCCCGCAAUUUCAUUUUAAAUUCAGCUAGAGUUGUAAAGAAUUUCUAAACUUUUGAUAACAUUUCAGGACUUAAUUUCAUAACGGCCAUGAUAGUCAGUUUUAAUUAUACAUUUUGAAAUCUGAAAUUUGUUUUCUUAUAUUAGUCAACUGAAACCAGAAAAAAUAUUUUAAGGUAUCCAAUGCAAAUCUUCAUCUGAAACAUUAUUUUAGAUACUAACUUUAAAUGUAGAAAAUCUUCGUAAGUGAAUUUAACUUUAAUAAAUAAACAAACUUUGUUUGUAGCGCUAAACUUGCAAGUAAGUGUCAUUUAUAACAGUUUUGUUUUUUCUAGAAAAUCUUCCUUUUUUUUAAUAAUAAUAUACAUUUAUACUGUGUUUAGUUUUUUUAGAGGGUAGUUUUCUAUUUUAAACCUCACACACUGUACUUUCUACACACAUACAAAUGUAGGUACUAAGAAAUAAGUGCUCAUAUUUUCAAAUAUGAAUUUUGGUCUAAUAUAUCUUACAGUUUGUCAAAGACGAUAAACUCCUCGAUAUUUUUCUGUUAAAAUUAAUGUUUAUGAUCAUCAUAUACAUAAUUCUGAUCUUCAAAAUAUGUGUUGUUUUUUUUAUAAGUACAUAUUAAUAAAUUUUAAUUACUGUUAAAAUUUCAAAGUAUUUAUACAGUGUACACAUAAGAUGAUGGCAUAUCAUACAAUGUACAUGCAUGUUAUUUUCAUAUUAUUACAUUGCAGAAUAAUACUGGUCUAUUUAAGAACAGCGAUGAUUUAUUCUGUAUUAUUUAUUGUGGAUUUUGUCAUUUUAUGUUUAUUUUAUAAUUUGCAUGGUAAACAGCAUAUAUUAAAGAACAGCUAAUAAUUUAUUCUGCUUUUAAUAUAAUUUCAUUGUGGAUUUUGUAAUUUUAUAUUUAUUUAAUUUGCAUAGUAAACAAUUCCCAUGGGAAAUGCUAUAUAUCUAGUAUUAUUUUUGCUACAUUGAAAGUGAAAAUUUUGGUCAACAUUGUAGAAAAUAUACCUUUCCAAGUCUGUUCAAGGGAUGCCUUUAUUAGUGUUAAUUUGCAAACCAGGGUUUGCACAUGCCUUGAAAAGUCAUUGAAAUGGAUGCUAGUCCUUGUCAGAAAAUGACUCAGAUUUAGAACCUGAAUUUUGAAAAUGAGUGUUUGAACUCCACACAGAACUGCUUUAGGAAUAGUCAGCAACGUGCUUUUGGCAAAGAGAAAAGAAAAAAAGGAAGAUAAGUUGAAAAGAAAAUAUGAUAUUUCUUCAUAUAUUGAUCUCGGUAUGCACCAGUUGCAGUGAUAAGCAGUGGUCUAGGGUAGCAUUUUACUGCAGUUUAUACAGAGUGCAAUUUCUACUAUAACAUCAUUUUUUGGAAAAAAAUGAUCAAGUUGUUCGGACCUAGGUCUCAAAAAGUGGUUUAAAGAAAAAGGAGUCAUUGAAAAAGAGUAUAAAAAAGUACUUGAAAGUCCAUUAAAAAGGUACUGAAACUUUGUCUCUGAUGAACCAUACUAAGUUACUAACAAUCCUUAAAAUUUACUCAGUUAGAAGUGUGAGUAAGGCCUAAACAAAAUUCUUUGUUUCCGGUAACAUGCUUAAAAAUAUUAGGGUAGGUAGAUCGGAAAAUGGUUUUUUUUUAUCAAGUGAGACUUUUCAGAAAUUAAAAAAUGAAUACAAAUAAGGGGGUUAUGCCUUCAGUGCAUCAGUUAGUUCAUUUCUGACAUUACUGACUAUGUUUAAAGCAUAAAAAGUGCAGUUUUGCAGCUUUUUGUUAAAAAGUUGGGGGAAAAAAAUUCUCCAAGGCAUUUAGGGUCAGGCUAAAAAUUUAAGGUAGGUCGGGAUACGAGAAACAAACAAUUUUUUUUAGCGCCUAAUUGCUAUAUAUUCUUUCACAAUUUUUUUUUUAAGGAGGUAGGUUAUCUUCAUAUUUGUAUGUACGCAUGUCCAACCGGAAGCUAACGUGACGAUUUAUGACGACGUUUACGACAAACUAAAUGUGUUUGUAUAUUCAUUCUUCUGAAAACAAAUCAUGAACUUGUUCUCGAUCUGAUGCUUUAUGGUUUAAUAAUGCAGAAAUAAUGAAUAAAUUGCCGCAGAAACGCUUCAAAACAAUGUUGCCUUAAAAUGACGUCAUUGACAUCAUGACGUUACGUGUCAGUUACCGCGCAAAAUUAAUAGCUUUUAUCUUGAAAGUACAUAAUUCUGUACAUUUUCUUUAUUUUAACUAUUUUCAAGUAACCAUUAUUUGCUGAAAUACUUUUUAUGAGUCUUUUGCUCUGAAUAAUAAUCAAUAUUUUGAUUCUUUUAUGUAGUUAUAUUGAAAUGUUAUGCGGAAUGUAAGAAAAUGGAUGAUGGCAACCGAUGUUAUUUGGAAUAUAGUUGGUAACUUGUUAAGGCCAUUUUCAAAUACAAAGUCUAGCCGUUUGAUUUGUAAUACCUAUUUUUCAGGUUCCGUUGAUAAUUUGUUACUUAUAUACUAAAACUAAGAUCUAAAAUUGUUCAAAUUUCAGUAGAAAAUUGUGGAUUCAUGAAUUGAAUUGAUGUUACCAUGGAAACGAAGCCCGUGACCUGUGUAUCUAAAUGUAAAAUUCAAAAGCGCUGGCACUGGUCUAUUUAAGAAACACAGCUUCGGCUUUUUAUUUUCAUUUCAACAAUAGCCAUGAGAAUAAUAGCAGCACGCUGAACGAUUUUUCCAUGAAAAAUGGCAGACGAGGGGUACUGCUGUACGUAUUCUAAGCUGUGAAAUUUGUUUGAAUAAGCGCAAAAAAAACACGAAAAUGUAACUUACGUUAGAAAUAAUAUGUUUUAAAGCUACAUCAACUAGAAAGAUAAUCUUAUUCAAUAUUUUUUAAAAAGAAAUUACGACAAACAGCAAGAUAUAAGCUAUUUUAAACAUCUCUGUUGCCAUGGUUACUUUAAAAUUUAAGAAAAAUAGAGUACCAUGUAAAGUGCUUGGUAUUUUGCUAAUAAUAUUACCCAAACAUUUCAUGUUGGUCAUUAACAGAAUGGCACUGAAGCCGUCGAAAACCCCUAUUUUUAUACAUAGUUGUUUAAAAAUGAGAGAAAAUGCAUUACCAUGGAAACACGAGCCCCGCUACAUAUCGAUGGGUUAGUGCAACACGGUCGUAACUCAUUUUUUGAAAACUUUACAGGAGAAGCAAAAAAUAUUUUUGUAUUCAAAUGAUGUAAUGAAAAACAAUACAAUCUAUAUUAUUUUUAUCAAAUAACAGUAAUAACUACAAUACUAUGGGAAAAAAUGUCAAAAAAAUGUUCACUGAGGAGUUAUUUGAAAGUUUUCCAGUUACGACCAUGUUGCGCUGAAAUGUGUGGAAAUUUUGUCAAAAACUUAGUGCAACAAGGUCGUAACUAAAUGAUAACAAAUAAUUUAUUGGAGAUAAUUCAUAACAAAGAUGUUUAUUCAAAAGACUAUUAAUUCAAUAUUUUUAAGCAUAUCCAUUUAUCUUUUUCUGUACUUUUAUUGACUUGUUUUACUCGCAAAAAUGUCAAAAAAAUCAUAUCAUAUGUAGAAAUAAAAAUGUACUACUACAAAAACACAUUUUAAAUUAUUUAAAAGUAUUUUACAGUAAAAAGACAAUAAGAGCUUGACCUGGUCCAAGAUAUUUGCAUAUUUUACUGAAUGCAGGCGCUGAGAGUUUUAGUAUUCAAUGUUAUUUCAGUAUUUUACAGUAAAUGGACAAUAAGAGCUUGACUGGUCAAAGGUACUUGAAUAUUUUACUGAAUAUAGGCACUGGGAGCCUUUAUGAUCAAACUUAUUUCAUUAUUUUACAGUAAAUGGACAACAGAAGCUUGACUGGUCCAAAAUAUUCACAUAUUUUACUGAAUAUAGGCACUGAGAGCUUUUAUGGUCAAAGUUAUUUCAGUACUUUACAGUAAAUGGACAAUAAGUGCUUGACUGGUCCAAGGUACUUGAAUAUUUUACAGUAUGUAGACACUGAGUGUCUUUAAAGUACAAGAUAUUUGCAUAUUUUAUAGAAUAUAGGCAUUAUGAGCCUUUAAGGUCUAAGGUAUUUGAAUAUGUCUGUGUUUAGUUAUUAGAUUUUCAUCCAGAAAUAUGCACCGGUUCUGCAGCAUAAAUAAUGUAUGCAACAGGAGCACAAUACUAUUCUGCAAAAGAACAUGUGCAUGCUUCUUGAUACAAGUCUAAAAGUCUUUUUAUUACAUAAAAAUCUACACUUAAACAAUUAUCAAUGGUAUAAAUUUGCUCUUUAGCUUGAGUAAAACUAAGAAUGUCACAAUUAAAGAACAUGAUAAACACAACAACACAGUCACAUGAAACUAACAUCAAAAAUGAUGCCAUACACCUGAUGUGAAAUUUGAAUGUCAGUAUGGUCUGUUCCUGGAAAAUUUUGUAAUAUAUUUAUGAAAUGGCAGCCUCUGAUGCAUAUUUUUUGUCUAAAUUUUCAGGUAUUGAGAGGGUCCCCACCUCCUGUUAGGUUGGUCAGGGGAGUCUCCCUUUGGAAUAUAGGUAUAAAAUGGAAGCCUCUAGUGCCUUUUUGGGUCACAACUUUGAGGUACAUGAUGGGAUACCUCCCUUCCGUUAAGGGGGUCAGGUGGAUCUCUCCCUGGAUUUUCUUUUUUAAUAUAGGUAUGAAAUGGUGGCCUCAGGUGCAAUUGGGUUUAAAUGUUAAGGUAGAGAAGGGGAUAUAAAGGUAGAGAAGGGGUUCAGAGGGUUUCCCCCUAGAAAUAUUUUAAAUAUAGUUAUGAAAUACUGGCUUCUUGUGCAUUUUUGGGUCUGAAUUUUGAGGUACAAGAGGUUAGCCCUCCCUCCUAUUAGUGAGACUCAAGUGAGGAGAGGAGGAGGGGCUCUCCCCUGGAAAUUUCUGUAAUUUAGGUAUGAAAUGGUUUCCUCUUGUGCAUUUCUGGGUCUAAGUUUUGAAGUACAGGAGGGGAUAACUCCUUCCUGUUUGGUAUAAUACCUCCUUCCUAUUUGUGGAGGGGGAAAGGGUCUCCUCUGGAAGUUUUUGAAAUUUAGGUAUGAAACUAGAACUGCUUUUGAGAAAAGUGCAUGAUUCCCACAACUGCCAAUUCAUCUGAAUAGUAGUAUAAGAUCAGACGAGAAAUGUUCAAGCGUAAACCCUACUCCCUAUAUAUUCUUAAUUCCCAAUCAGACUUCCAGUGCUUUGAUUAUCAAAAACAAGUUAAUCAGACUUUCAGAGCUUUGAUACAACCCAAUCAGACUUAUAGUGCUUUGAUUAUCAAAUACAAUCCAAUCAGACUUUCAGUGCUUUGUUUAUCAAAAACCAAUGUUUCAAGGGCCAUACUUCCAAAGUGCCUGGGCUGAUUUGGCUAGUUAUCAAACUUGGCUGAGGACUUAUUGGCAAACACAUUUUUGUUCAAGUUUGGUGAAGAUCGGAUGAGAACUGUUCGACUUAAGAGUGUAGACAAGAUUUGUGAUAGACGGACAAACAGACAGGAGUAAACAAUAUGUCUCCCACCACACAGUGGUGUGGGAGACAUAAUAAUGGCCUCUAGUGCAUUUUUAGUUCGACUAUUCGAAGAAUAGUCUAGCUAUUCUACUCACCCUGGCGUCGGAGUCACACCUCGGUUAAGUUUUUGCAUGCAAGUACAUACAGCUAUCAUUUAAAGGCAUAUAGCUUUGAAACUUAUUUUUUCUUUUUCUAGGUCAAUUACCAACCUCACUGGGUCAAGUCCCAUAACUCUGACAUGUAUUUGAGCAAAUUAUGCCCCCUUUUGGACUUAGAAAAUUCUGGUUAAAGUUUUACAUGCAAGUUACUAUCUCCAAAACUAAUGCAGAUAUUGAAUUGAAAUUUCACAUGUGCCUUCGUGGUUAUAAAACUAGUUGAUAGCAGCAAGUCCCAUAACUCUGACCUUCAUUUUGGUCAAAUUAGGUCCCCUUUUGAAUUUAAAACUCUUUUGAUAUUUAACCUUUUUGGGUAAUAUUUUCCUGCUUCUGGGCCAAUAUUUCGAAUAGUCGAGCUUGGCUGUCUUACGGACAGCUCUUGUUUGGUCUAUAUGUUGAGGUAUAGGAGGGGAUACUUCCCUCCUGUUAUGGGCUUGGGAGCAUCUCCCCUCCUGGAAAUUUUGAAAUGCAGGCAUGAAAUGGUGGCCUCUGGUGCAGUUUUGGGUCUAUAUAUUGAGAAAAUAUUUAUUUUUUUUGCCAAAAUAGUUGCAUGCAACUUCGAUGAGUUUAAGUCACUGGGUAUAGGGGGAGCACGGGCUCUCUUGGCCAUGGCCCUUGAUCAGCCAGGCCUUUAUGUUGGUGUUUCGCAACAUAAAAAUCAAGUAAAUCAUUCAUUAAAUUUAAAUAUAAAUGCUGGUAAACUUAUUUAUGUUUUAGUGGUUUAACGACUUAUACAGAUAUUCGAUAUACCCAACAAAAUCUUCUGUAUAUCCAAAUAAAACUUAACGGAAUACGAGCUUUACAAGCAGAAGUCAUGCUUCACUUAUAGCACAGAAAAAUUUCCACCUUUAAUAAUACCAUUUUGUAUUUUGCACAAUUCAUGGAAAUAUGCAUACAAAAAGGAAAAAUGUUAUGCAGAAGACGCCCAUUACAUGAAACUUGCAUAAAGGAAAGUUUAUUUAAUAAUUACAAGUAUAAAAAGGUGCCUUUUUUCCUCUUUGCUGAGAAAUAGUUAACAGAGUAUUUUUUUAACAGAAUAAGUGUUUUGGUAAAAUCCUAAACAUGUUGGUCAAUAAAUUCUUAACACCACUUUGCAUUGAUAAAAUAUGAAAUAUGGUAACAAUAUUAAUUUUGUAGUAUAAAUACCAUUUUCUAAGUUGUUUAAAAACAAAAAUCAUCCUUAUUUAUCAUUUAACUAUUGUAAUAUUGUACAGUUUAAUGUUAGUUACAACCAUGUUGCACAGAAAUUUCAAAGUGAAAUGGCAUACUAACUCUGUGCAACAAAGACGUAUGUUGAGUUACGACCAUGUUGCACUGACUGAAAGUGUCUUCCUGAGAUACAACCUUUUGACAAUUUUACUUUUUUCACUUUAAUUUUAAGAAUGUGAUUUAGAUAUUUUAACAAGUGAUGUUUUUAUGUUAAAUAAGGCAAAUUAUGUAAAAAAGUGUAUUUGUUAAAAAAAUCAAGUUACGACCAUGUUGCACUGACCCAUCGAUAUAUAUUUUAAGCUUAUAUUAGAAAGAUAACGUGCAUACCAGUAAAAUUAUUAAUUACGCAAACUUCUACGGAUCUCAAUGAAACUAAAAUACACUGAAAAGUGUUAAAUAUCCAUAUUUUCCUUCUUCUUUCAAUAUGAAAUACCUUUGGAGGGUCAUGUUCUUCAAACCUGGAUAAAAAUUGAACUUGAAGGGACAGAGACAAACGAAAUUGAGAUUGUAGCAGUUAAAACUUCAUAUUACACGAAAUACAAAAACAUGCUGCGGUUGAACUAAUAUGAAUUUACCCUUGUAACAAGGUAACCUACCUCCUUAAGUAAACUCCUAGAUAAGUGUCUUAACAAAAUGCAAAGCCAUAGGGUACUUAAGUGUAUAUUUAUGGGUAUUCUAGCAUAAUACUGCUGUUAUUGUCACUUUUUGGGGGUGUUUUAACAAGGGAGAAAACGUGAGUUAACAGAAAGAUUCUCGCGCUCACAUGCUGUUAUAACACCUUUUUAUAUAUGUGCAUUCUGUGGCAAAGCGUAAACAUAUUACAGCCACAAAGGGGAUAAUUCAAAUGGAAAUGUCAUCAACAUUAGAAAACAGCUCAGAUAUUACCGCGCAUUUCAUGGAAAUUUAAUGACGUUGAGGGAGAAUGUAUUCAUUUAUUAGUUAUUUUCGCGCUAAAUGCUAGAAUAGCGUUAGCGCAUGUUCAUUUCAUGUUAUAACAUCUUCAGAAUCCCUUGGGAUUCUGCAGGCAUUAUAACACGAAAAAAAACAUGUGUUGUCCCUACAUACAAACAUCUAAAAAAGUCCUUGAAGGGUUGAGAUAGUUAUUUUUAAAAUCUAAUUUUAACCCUUUUCAUGCUGGACACAUUUGAUUCUGCCUUUGUGACCAGCAUUGAUCAUGAUCAGCCUGCACAUCUGUGCAGUCUGAUCAUGAUCUGCACUGUUCGCCAUUCCCCUUUUAACAGUUUAUGGUACUGUUCAAAUUGAAAGAAUAGAAAUUUAGCAGGGUUAUGGUUAAGUAUAAUGCAUCUGUUGCAUACCUUCAGUAAAAGUUUAGUGUAGAUCAGUUUCUUUUUGAGCUUAUGUUAUUGGCAGUACUUUAAAGAAGAUUUAGAUCUGCUAUGGUAUGUUUUCAUUUACCGCCAUAUUGACAGUAUUUCUUAAAACAUCAAAAGAAAUGAUUAGAUUGUACAACUUUACAGUUUUGCUUGAUCUUUUAUUACAUUAUAUAGUAUAUUGUAUGAUGUUGAAGUAGUAUGGUGCUACAUGUAUGUUUGAAUAAAAGAGAGUAUUUACAUUUUAUCAAA